CCGGUUUUGUAUCUAGGCCUUGGAGUGAAGGGUUUUCUGUGUGUUCCCUGCUCUGAGUCUGAAAAGGGGUCAGCUGAGUUGAGAAGGAGAAAAAUGCAAGGGGAAAGAAGUCGCCAUUUGGGGCAGGCAGCAAGACAAGCAGUCAUGUUAGAGAAGCUCCGACUCCUUAUUGCUGAACUUGGUCUUUGCGGCCGUGUACCAGCCACAGAAGUGAAGCUGGGGCACUACAGUGUAGAAAACGGACAAGCCCCCCGCUCUCCAGGCCGGGGCCAGAGAGAAAGAUGAGAACCCACAAGGUGCUCGCCUUCCUCCUACUCUUUGUGAUCGCCUCCGGGGCCUCUGAGAACGCCAGCACAUCCCGGGGCUGUGGACUGGAUCUCCUCCCUCAGUACGUGUCCCUGUGCGACCUGGACACCAUCUGGGGCAUCGUGGUGGAGGCGGUGGCUGGGGCAGGCGCCCUGAUCACGCUGCUCCUGAUGCUCAUCCUGCUGGUGCGGCUACCAUUUAUCAAGGACAAGGAGAAGAAGGACCCCGUGGGCCUCCACUUCCUCUUCCUUCUGGGGACCCUGGGCCUCUUCGGGCUGACAUUUGCCUUCAUCAUCCGGGAAGACGAGACUAUCUGCUCGGUGCGCCGGUUCCUCUGGGGCGUCCUCUUCGCGCUCUGCUUCUCCUGCCUGCUGAGCCAGGCGUGGCGCGUACGGAGGCUGGUGCGCCACGGCAAGAGCCCCUCGGGCUGGCAGCUGGUUGGUGUGGCGCUGUGCCUGAUGCUGGUGCAGGUGAUCAUCGCCAUCGAGUGGCUGGUGCUGACUGUUCUGCGCGACGCAAAGCCGGCCUGUGCUUACGAGCCCAUGGACUUCGUGAUGGCCCUCAUCUACGACAUGGUACUGCUGGUGGCCACCCUGGGGCUGGCGCUCUUCACGCUGUGCGGCAAGUUCAAGAAAUGGAAGCAGAACGGGGCCUGCAUCCUGGUCACAGCCUUCCUCUCUGUGCUCAUCUGGGUGGCCUGGAUGACCAUGUACCUCUUUGGCAACGCCGAGCUGCGGCAGGGAGACGCCUGGGGCGACCCCACCUUGGCCAUCACGCUGGUGGCCAGCGGCUGGGUCUUCGUCAUCUUCCACGCCAUCCCCGAAAUCCACUGCACCAUCCUACCAGCCCCACAGGAGAACACGCCCAACUACUUCGACACCUCGCAGCCGAGAAUGCGGGAGACAGCGUUUGAGGAGGACGUGCAGCUGCCACGGACCUACAUGGAGAACAAAGCCUUCUCGAUGGAUGAACACAAUGCAGCUCUCCGAACGGCGGGAUUUCGCAAUGGCAGCUUGGGAAACAGACCGAGCGCUCCGUUUAGAAGCAAUGUCUAUCAGCCCACUGAGAUGGCCGUUGUGCUCAAUGGAGGGACUUGUGUUAUCCUUGUUUCCAGAUCCCAACUGCUCCGCCAAGUUACACUGGAAGACACCUCUGGUGAAAGACUUUUAAGUUCCAGAGAAUAAGAAUCUCUCUUACCGAUUUUAUUCCCUGGCUGUGUCUUUCUUGAGGGAGAAAUCAGUAACAGUAGCCGAACAAGGCUGCCUCACAGCCGGGAGAUCUAGAAAUCCUACACAAGGGGAUUUCGUGUAAAUGUGAACACUGCUGAACCGAAAAGCUAACACCGACUGCCCUCCUGUCCCUCUGCCACACACACACACACACACACAUACACACACACGCACGCACACAUAAUACCAAACCAACCUCAAUCCCUGCAAACUAAAGCAAAGCUAAUUGCAAAUAGUAUUAGGCUCACUUGAAAAUGUGGCUGGGAAGACUGUUUCAUCCUCUGAGGGUCGAACAGAACCAAAUUCACAACCGGUGGGCCAGGCUGGUGUUGGCUGAGUAUGGAGGUACCCACACCACUGCCCCCCCAGCAAGUGCUGGACCCCAGGUGGCCUCUUGGGGAUGCUGUUUCAUUGAGAGGGCUAAUAGAGACUUUGCCACCAACUUGCCUGUUGGUUUGCACAUUUCAAGGGGGUCAGGAGCAGUUAAGGAGUUGUGGGUGGGAUUCCAAGGUGAGUCCCAACCGAAUCAUGGGUGAGCUUUACAGCCAGUAGUGGUGGAGGGACCCUGCCUGGCGUGUGCCAACGAAGAAAAGGCUAUCUGCGAGUCGAAGUGGCCAUCACAUUUAGAAAGUGGUGACCUACAACUGUUCCCUCUAUGGGCCUCCUGCUGCAGGUCUGCGGCAGGGAAGCACGCCCACCUCCCUCCUUGGUGGAGCCAUAGCGAUAUUCCUGCUUGGGGCAGCAGUCUCUCUCGCUUGAUGAGCUCUCUCCACUUGCCAAUGCUCCCCUGAGCCCUUUCCCAUGUUUUCUCCCACGUUCAUUGCAAAAGCUCAGAUGGGCCAUCAGCUUACAGCCCCCGCCCCGGGUUUGGCAGGCCAGAAGGCAGUGCCACAGCAGAUUUUCCAUGAUGAUGUCAUGUGGCACGGCAUCCCAGGGGAGAGAUGACACUCUGCUGCCUAGCAUGCAGUGAGUUCUUGGAUGUUAUACAUUGACAGAGUGCAAGUUCUGGGGGGAGAAGGGAGCACUCAAGGGGCUCUUGCUGCUUUUGGAGGGUACGUGGGACAUGUUUUGACUUGGUUUUCUGUAAGUUCCAUGAAAAUGGUUCUCUUCAAAGCCCAUUGUUUCUGUCAUGGUUUCCAUCUGUCCUAAGCAAGUCAUUCCUUUGUUAUUUGGCAUUUCGAACAUCUCGGCCAUUAAAAGCCCCCAUAUUCUCUGCACUGUUUGGCCAGCAUAAUCACUAGCAGUGAUUCAAAGCAAAGAGUUUGAACCUGACGGCAUGAAAUGUAUAAAUGAGGGUGAGUCCUUUGGCAUAUACUCUAAUGACUAUAUUGCUUUUUCUAUAAAACAACCCAUAAGCCUUUAACCUUUAAAGAAAAUGAAAAAGGUUAGUGUUUGUUGGGGGGGAACUGACCUCUUCAUAAGCCAAUAUGUCUGAGCUGUUUUAAUAAACCUUCUGAUUUUUCUCAAGGCCCUAGUCUCUGCUGUGUCCCGUCCUCGCCACAAACCCCCUUCCCCCAUCGCCCGCAACCUUGCAGAGCUGUGGGGUACAACGAGACCAAUUUGGCCAUCCCUGUGUGGCCUUCCUUCGAGUUUUCCUUCCAGCUAGCGCAUUUCCUUGUGUUGCCACGCAUGAGGAAGAUAAAGCAUGGCACCAGAAUGCCACCCCUACCUGACCUUUGGGAAACAGCCCCCGCCCCUGCCCAGAGCAUGUGCUUGCUUCUAGAGAACCAGAUUCCAAUCCUCUCUUGAGGAGUGUUGUUGGUGGACUGGAAACCUGGAGUACUGGGGAUGGGAGGGAGGCAAAGACGCUAAGACCUGGGGUAGGGAUGGGGGUGGUUGCAUGCAGACCCAGUAUUCUGAAAAUACAGAAACCUCCAAACACCUCGGUCCAGUUCAAUGACAAACGACAGCAAUACACAUUCUCGUGCCAGGAAAUGGUUGCUUACCCCCGCUCUCUGGAGUCCUUUGGAGCUCUCUGAUCCCAUCAGUGAUUCUGUCUGCAAGAGCUCCCCCGCCCUUGCAGAAGGGAGCAAAUUCACCUGAUCGUUUUCUCUCUCAGUUCUUGGUGGUCCGGGCCGAUAAGGUGAGCACCGCGUAAAUGGCAUGGCUACAGGGGGAAAGUAACGUUUCACCAACAUAAAGAUGGAACCAGCUUUGAGCCGUGGGAAACCUCACUUUAAUGAGAUAUCCUCCCCCCCUCCACUCUCUCUUUUUAAAUCUCUGAUACGUUAUUGUGCUUCUGGGUUUUGUCUUAUUUUGGCUUUAAAGUUGAGAGUGGGCUGGAUGCCCUCCCAAUGGGGCCAAGGUGGGGAGUGAGGGCAGAGAGCAGAGAAUGGGUAUUUACUAAUGACUCCACCUGAAGGGUACAAAGGGACCUCUUUGCCAAGAGACUGUGGCCGCCAGCUGCCCUCACGGAGCAAACUUUAAAUAACAAAAUCAAACGGCACCUCUGUUUAAGAUUUGUUUAUGUCAACAACACUUGUUGAGGGAAAAUGACCUGGAAGGAGAGCAUCUGUGAUCAAAAUACCUAAUUGUUAAGCACAAGUCUUUCUGUGUCCGGUUAUUAAAAUCACUUUGGGACUAUAACAGCCACUCCUGUCCCCUCCUUUUAAUAGAAAGUUAAUAGAAAUUUAAUAGAAAGUUUAGUAGAAAUUCUAUCCUGAAUUUCUCUACUGGAUAGGGGGGAAUGGGGAGUGAGGGAACCAGCUCGGAGAACUGACAAAGUGGGAAAAUCUGGGGAUCCCGUGCUUUUAGCACAGAGUCUGUCAGGGGCCCACUGAACGCGUGUAAACUUGGGAUGGUCUUCUAGGUUGGCCAAUGCUGAGUUAAACCCCAAACUGAAAGGGAGCGUUGUGGCUUUUAUAAUCCAAUGAUGCAAUGAUUAUACCAGCUUACAAGAGUUCUCAGCAGGUGCUUUUUAUUAAUUGAUGAAGAGCUAAAGCUCGUUUUUGAUAGAUAAUAUAUAUUUAUUAAAUGUAUUAAUGUGUGUUUUAUAAUGUACCUUUAUUCUCCCCUGGCUGACUGUUGCAUACUUAUUAAAAAAAUCGUUAAAGAAAUUUCAAGACAAUCAAUGUGUACCAUAAAUGACUGUAUAUAAAUAUUACAAAUUUAAAGGUUGUAAAGCAUGGGCAGAUAGGUUUUAUUUUCAAAAUGCUGUUCUUAACACAAAAAUAAAGGCUUUACUAUUUACUUAA